UCGUCCACGGAGGAGAAGAAGCUGGAGCAGGCGACCAAGUCGAUGCACAAGAAGGAGAAGAAGCGAAAGAUGAAGGAGCGGCUCGAGGAACUUCCAGCCUCCGUGACGGCCGAGGUGGGAGGAGAGGAGGAAGACCUGGAGGAGAAGAAGAGGAUCAAGAAGGCCAAGAAGGAGGAGAAGAAGCGGAAGCGCGAGGCGGAGGCGGAGGCGGGGGCGGAGGGAGCGGGCAAGGAUGUCGAUGUGGACGAUUCGGACGAGAAGAAGAAGCAAGAGAAGAAGCGGGCCAAGGAAGAAAAGAAGCGGCAAAAGAAGGCGGCAAAGGAACAGGAGCUGGCGGGUUCCUCGUCAUCUAGCGCGGCCCCUGCUGCUACCGAACCAUCGACUGUUGCGAGCACAAGCACGAACACGAAUGCGGCCGCUGCGAGAGCAUACAUGGAAGCCAACAACAUCACCAUCGAGGCGCCAGAAGAGUCGGAAGAGAAGCCGCCGUUGCCCAUGCUCUCGUUUUCUGAGCUCAAUGGCAAGAUUGACAAGCGCCUCAAGGAGGAGCUGGACCGAUUCAAGUUCCAAAAGCCAUCGCCUAUCCAGGCGUGCUGCUGGCCUGUGCUGUUGAGCGAUAAGGAUGUCGUCGGCAUUGCCGAGACUGGAUCGGGAAAGACGAUCGCCUUUGGCCUGCCUGCCCUCCAACACGUCCUUGGCCAGGACCCUUCAUCCUCUACGUCCUCCAAGGGCAAGAAAGGGAGGGGCCAGCCCCCUCACGUCUCUGUGCUCGUUGUAGCACCGACGCGUGAGCUUGCGAUCCAAACGCAUGACACGAUCGAGAAGCUCGCAAAAGCGCUCGGCUUUGGCUCCAUUUGUCUCUAUGGAGGUGUGUCCAAGCACGACCAGAGCAAUGCCCUGUAUGCGUCCCCGGCCGUCCGGGUCGUCGUGGGCACGCCUGGCCGCGUACUGGACCUUGCGCGUGAGGGCACACUGGACCUGAGCAACGUCAGCUACGUCGUCCUGGACGAGGCGGACCGUAUGCUAGACGUGGGCUUCGAGCCCGACAUUCGCGCCAUCAUGGGUAUGACGCGCUCCAAGGACCAGGGCAGGCAUACUUCGAUGUUUUCGGCAACGUGGCCCAUGCAGCUGCGAGGCCUGGCAGAGAGCUUCAUGAACGAGCCCAUGCGCGUUACUAUUGGCAGCGAUGAGCUUUCGGCCAACCACCGUGUCGAGCAGGUCGUCGAGGUGCUCGAGGACAGCCGGGAGAAGGAGCGACGGCUCGACGCCUUCCUCAAGAGCAUUGGUGCCGGGCCUCGUGGCAGGGCACCCAAGGACAAAGUGCUGAUCUUUGCCCUGUACAAAAAGGAGGCGCAGAGGGUCGAAGACACGCUGAGGAGAAAAGGGUAUCAGGUAGCGGGCAUCCAUGGCGAUCUGAAUCAGCAUCAACGAAUCGCGAACCUGGACAAAUUCAAGAGCGGCGAGGCGCCCCUUCUCGUUGCUACCGACGUUGCCGCUCGAGGUAUCGACGUUCCCUCUGUCGAAUACGUCGUCAACCACACGUUUCCCCUCACGAUUGAAGACUAUGUCCACCGAAUCGGGCGGACGGGUCGCGCGGGCAAGACUGGCAAGUCGGUCACAUUCUUCACCUGGGAAGACAAGGCCCACGCCGGAGAGCUCAUGCGGAUCCUGCGUGACUCAAACAUGCCCGUACCCGAGGCCAUGAACAAAUUCCCGGCCACCAUCAAGCGAAAGGAGCACAGUGCCUACGGUGCCCACUUCAAGGAGCUCGUGCCGGGCAAGGCCAAGAAGAUCACCUUUGACGACUAAUUGGACCUUUUGUCUUUUUGCAUCUUUUUCUUUCGCUAGAGGUAUCAAAUUUGCACAUCCAUUUCCACGAGUUGUG